AUGCGCGUAACAAAGACUCUCGCCACUGGCUUCGCGGGCCUCUUCCUGACGACGAAUGCACUCGAGCUGCAUCUCAACAACACUCAAUCUGUCCUCGACGUUUCCAAAACCAUCGUGCAGGACCUCCUGCGCGUGUACAACCGCAAUGGCACGGGAGCGGAAAUGCCAGGCCUGCUUCCCGCUCCGUACUACCGGUGGGAAGCCGGCCUGAUGUUUGACUCGCUCACCAACUACUGGUCCCUCUCGGGCGACGAGACUGUGGUGCCGCUGAUCCAGGAAGCCUUGCUGUUCCAAACGGGACCGGACGAGAAUUACAUGCCCCCCAACCGGAGCAAAAGUCUCGGAAACGACGAUGUGGCCGUCUGGGCCAACGCGGCCAUGACAGCCGCGGAAUCCAAUCUCCCGUCUCCCGCCAACGCGUCGGUUUCGUGGUUGGCAUUGGCGGAGAAUGCGUUCAAUUCCAUCGCUCUGCGCUGGGAUGAAGGGACGUGUGGAGGAGGGUUGCGAUGGCAGAUUUUCUCGUUCAAGGUUGGGUAUGAUCUCAAGAAUACGGCUUCGAUGGGGUCUUUUGUGAUGCUUGCUGCGAGAUUGGGGAGGUUUACGGGGAAUUCGACUUACGGCGAUUGGGCGCAGAAGGGAGUGGAAUGGACGGAAGGGAUUGGGUUGUUGGACCAGAGCACUGGGGCUGUCUAUGAUUCAGCGGAUACGAAUUCAAACUGCAGCAGUAUCAAUCAUCUCCAGUUCACGGCGAAUCUGGGAUGGUUUCUUGGGGCUGCGGCAUAUCAGGGGAAUGUGGUGAGUUCUCAUAAGACAGACAGAGCACCACUUGCAGACGUCUGCUAACACUAUGCUGCAGACAAACACGAGUUUCUGGAACGGCUUGACAUCCUCUCUCGUGGUCCACGCCCACGACGCUUUCACCCGAAACGACAGUAACAUCCUCCAAGAAACCGCCUGCGAGGCUCGAAACAUUUGCAACGUCGACCAAUACGCCUAUAAAUCCAUCCUGGCCCGCGCACUUGCCCGCACAGUUGCUCUCUCGGGGGACUCCAGCACCUCUUACAACGGAGGAACCUCUGCCGCUACUUUCCAUCAAGACAUCAACAGCAUUCUAGACGCUUCCGCCCAGGCCGCUGCGGGACAGUGUGUCAAUGGACGCUGCGGGAGCAAUUGGUACACCCAAGCGGGCACAAACGAUGGACACGUCGGUGUCGGACAAGAUCUCGGGGCGUUGGAGGUGAUUCUGGGUACGCUACCCGCGAAACAGUUGGGUUCUGCUAAUGGUACCACCACGACUGCCAGUGGGAAUGGCAAUGGCAAUGGAACUCGCACGGAAUCGGGAAGCGCAACAAGCAGCAGUGUGAAGACCGGCGGGGCGAUAGGACUGCCGACUUCGAUUUGGGCGUCUGCUAUGAGCGUCGCCUUGACGGCUAUGUUGUUUGCUUUCUUGUAG